CACAGUGCAAGCAGAGCAGACAGAACCCAGUCUCCAACAAGAGCUGCUUCAAAUGGGAGGACCAUCCAUCAGAAUGUCACAUAACACAUAACCUCGGGGAGCCAUGGACCAGCAGGCUCAGUGAGAUCUCAUUUCAGUUCAUUCCUGACUCUGCAUAAAGCAGGACUGGCCAGCCGUGAUGGACGAGCAGAAGACCCCCGGCCCCAGAGCCAGUAAGGGGGUGGGCCCCCGAGAGGGCAGGAGGACAGCGAGACGGCGGAGGGAGUUACGGAACGCCCAGGAUUCACAGCAACUGCAGCAAGAGGCCAGCUGGAGCUCUGGGGAGCGCUUCAUGGUGGAGAAAGUGCAUGAGUUUUUCCAGCAGUGCGGUGGGGCUGAGAGGGGCUUCAUCACUCGCGAUGACAUGGAGAAGCUGCAGGACAAGUUUGAUUUCAGUCCUGAGGAGUUAGAGAUGGUUUUCAAUAAACUGGAUGUCGAUCAGACUGGCCACCUCACUCCCGAGAAGCUGACCAAGGGCCUGAGCCACUUUCUAACGGAUCAGAGGCUGGCCGAGGAUGGAUCACAGCCACAGAGCCUUUCAGAAUCUCUCUAUCAAUCCCAGGGCUUGCAGCAGCAGGUCGAAGUAGAAGAUGAAGAAAAGCAACAGUUUGCUGCUCUGAUGGAGAGACUGGGGGCCAGUACAGUCUUCCCAGAUGAGGCGGAGAUAUGGAAAUUGUGGGUCCAACUUCGACGCAAUGAGCCCAACUUACUUGGUCACCUGGAAGAUUUCCUCUCCAAGGUCACUGUUCGGUUCCAGGAUGCUCAGAGUGAGAAGGACGAUUUGGAACGGACCCUGAAAAAGAAGAUGGUGGAGCACAAUACCGAGGUUCAGAAGCUCUACGAGGAAAUGGAGCUCCAAAUCAACAACGAGAAAGAUCGGAUCGAGACUGAAAAUACUGUGAAGCUCCAUGCUCAGAGCCAGGACCUGCAGAAGGAGUUAGACAGCAAACAGGAGGAAGUACAACAUCUGGCACAAGCUCAGGCACAGUUAGAGGCAGAGCUUGUCUUCCUGCGCAGUAAACAGAAUGAGUCCAUCACUGAGAAUGAGAUGCUCAAAGUGACCAACCAGGAGCUGGAGACGAGGCUGGAGCAGGUCCAACAGGAUCUUCAGGAAGCCCGGGAUCGGCUGGUGGAUCAACAGGAGGAAGCAGCUCACCGAGAGGAGAGAGAAGGAGAGCGGGAUCAACCUCCCGGCAAUGACGGACUGCACUUCACUGAAGUUUAUCCACAGAAAGAGACCAGGCAGAGGUGGGGAUCUGACACCAGUCAGGGAUUUACAAGCUCUGAGUGCAGUCUUCAGAGGAACUUGGAAAGCUCAGGCCAUGUGACCCGCAUCAUUUCAAUUGAAGAAGAACCCCUGCCACAGCAGGUCCAAGUCUUUGGAAUACAAAGGUCAAGGGUCACCAGACAGGAAGUCGACAUGAGCACUGUCAAAGAUGGAGACGUAGUCUUCGAAGAUAGAACAGAGCCUUUAUGGAGUGUUGGAGAGGCACGUCUUCCAAAAGAGUUACAGGAGGAGCUUGUCUCUCUGCGCAGUAGACAGGGCGAGGCUGUCGCCGAGAUUCAGAUGCUCAAAGUGACCAAUCAGGAGCUGGAGACGAGGCUGAAGCAGAUCCAACAGGAUCUUCAGGAAGCCCGGGAUCGGCUGGUGGAUCAACAGGAGGGCGCAGCUCACCGAGAGGAAAGAGAAAGGGAACAGAAAGAGGCCAUCGCUGAGAUGGAGAAGUUGAAAGUGACCAAUCAGGAGCUGGAGACGAGGCUGGAGCAGGUCCAACAGGGCCUUCAGGAAGCCCAGGGUCAGCUGGUGGAUCAACAGGAGGAAGCAGCCCAACGAGAGGAGAGGGAAGGGGAACAGAAAGAGGCCAUCGCUGAGAUGGAGAAGCUGAAAGUGACCAAUCAGGAGCUGGAGACGAGGCUACAGCAGAUCCAACAGAGCCUUCAGGAAGCCCAGGAUCAGCUGGUGGAUCAGCAGGAGGAAGCAGCUCACCGAAAGGAGAGGGAAAGGGAACAGAAAGAGGCCAUCGCUGAGAUGGAGAAGCUGAAAGUGACCAAUCAGGAGCUGGAGACGAGGCUGGAGCAGGUCCAACAGGACCUUCAGGAAGCCCAGGAUCGGCUGGUGGAUCAGCAGGAGGAAGCAGCUCACCGAAAGGAGAGGGAAAGGGAACAGAAAGAGACCAUCGCUGAGAUGGAGAAGCUGAAAGUGACCAAUCAGGAGCUGGAGACAAAGCUGGAGCAGAUCCAGCAAGACCUUCAGGAAGCCCAGGAUCGGCUGGUGGAUCAGCAGGAGGAAGCAGCUCACCGAGAGGAGAGGGAAAGGGAACAGAAAGAGGCCAUCGCUGAGAUGGAGAAGCUGAAAGUGACCAAUCAAGAGUUGGAGACAAAGCUGGAGCAGAUCCAACAGGAUCUUCAGGAAGCUCGGGAUCAGCUGGUGGAUCAGGAGGAAGCAGCUCAACGAGAGGAGAGGGAAAGGGAACAGAAAGAGGCCAUCGCUGAGAUGGAGAAGCUGAAAGUGACCAAUCAGGAGCUGGAGACGAAGCUGGAGCAGAUCCAACAGGAUCUUCAGGAAGCUCGGGAUCAGCUGGUGGCGCAACAGGAGGAUGCAGCUCACCGAGAGGAGAGAGAAGGGGAACAGAAAGAGGCCAUCGCUGAGAUGGAGAAGCUGAAAGUGACCAAUCAGGAGCUAGAGACGAGGCUGGAGCAGAUCCAACAGGAUCUUCAGGAAGCUCGGGAUCGGCUGGUAGAUCAGGAGGAAGCAGCUCACCGAGAGGAGAGGGAAAGGGAACAGAAAGAGGCCAUCGCUGAGAUGGAGAAGCUGAAAGUGACCAAUCAGGAGCUGGAGACGAGGCUGGAACAGGUCCAACAGGAUCUUCAGGAAGCUCGGGAUCGGCUGGUAGAUCAGGAGGAAGCAGCUCACCGAGAGGAGAGGGAAAGUGAACAGAAGGAGGCCAUCGCUGAGAUGGAGAAGCUGAAAGUGAUCAAUCAGGAGCUGGAGACGAGGCUGGAGCAGGUCCAACAGGAUCUUCAGGAAGCUCGAGAUCGGCUGGUGGAUCAACAGGAAGUAGCGGUUCCCCGAGAGGAGAGAGAAGGGCUUCAGCGAACUCGCUCCAUCCGACGCCGUGCAACCCAAAAACCGACCCCCCUGGGAGAGGACCCUGCACUCGCUCACCUGAGGGUCGAAGGUCAGGGUGUGACCAUGGCGAUGGGCAAUGACGGAGAUGGAGUCACUGAGGAGCCAGCAGCAUCUUUAGGAAGUGACGGAGCAGGAGAGAGAAUGAAAGAGUUACAGGAGGAGCUUGUCUCUCUGCGCAGUAAGCAGGACGAGGUCAUCGCUGAGAACCAAAAACUCAAAGUGACCAAGCAGGAGCUGGAGGCAAAGGUGGAGCAGAUCCAACAGGACCUUCAGGAAGCUCGGGAUCGACUAAUGGAUCAACAGGGAGAUGCAGCUCACCGAGAGGAGAGAGAAGGGGAACUGAAAGAGGCCAUCGCUGAGAUGGAGAAGCUGAAAGUGACCAAUCAGGAGCUGGAGACGAGGCUGGAACAGGUCCAACAGGAUCUUCAGGAAGCCCGGGAUCGGCUGGUGGAUCAACAGGAGGAAGCAGCUCACCGAGAGGAGAGAGAAGGGGAACAGAAAGAGGCCAUCGCUGAGAUGGAGAAGCUGAAAGUGACCAAUCAGGAGCUGGAGACGAGGCUGGAACAGGUCCAACAGGAUCUUCAGGAGGCUCGGGAUCGGCUGGUGGAUCAACAGGAGGGAGCAGCUCACCGAGAGGAGAGAGAAAGGGAACAGAAAGAGGCCAUCGCUGAGAUGGAGAAGCUGAAAGUGACCAAUCAGGAGUUGGAGACGAGGCUGGAGCAGGUCCAACAGGAUCUUCAGGAAGCUCGAGAUCGGCUGGCGGAUCAACAGGAAGUAGCGGCUCCCCGAGAGGAGCGCGAAGGGCUUCAGCGAACUCGCUCCAUCCGACGCCAUGCGAACCAAAAACCGACCCCCCUGGGAGAGGACCCUGCACUCGCUCACCUGAGGGUCGAAGGUCAGGGUGUGACCAUGGCGACGGGCGAUAACGGAGAUGGAGUCACUGAGGAGCCAGCAGCACCUUUAGGAAGUGACGGAGCAGGAGAGAGAAUGAAAGAGUUACAGGAGGAGCUUGUCUCUCUGCGCAGUAAGCAGGACGAGGCCAUCGCUGAGAACCAAAAACUCAAAGUGACCAAUCAGGAGCUGGAGGCAAAGGUGGAGCAGAUCCAACAGGACCUUCAGGAAGCUCGGGAUCGGCUGGUGGGCCAACAGGGGGAAGCAGCUCACCGAGAGGAGAGAGAAGGGGAACAGAAAGAGGCCAUCGCUGAGAUGGAGAAGCUGAAAGUGACCAAUCAGGAGCUGGAGACGAGGCUACAGCAGAUCCAACAGGAUCUUCAGGAAGCCCGGGAUCAGCUGGUAGAUCAACAGGAGGAAGCAGCUCAGCGAGAGGAGAGAGAAGGGCUUCAGCGAACUCGCUCCAUCCGACGCCGUGCGACCCAAAAACCGACCCCCCUGGGAGAGGACCCUGCACUCGCUCACCUGAGGGUCGAAGGUCAGGGUGUGACCGUGGCGACGGGCAAUGACGGAGAUGGAGUCACUGAGGAGCCAGCAGCAUCUUUAGGAAGUGACGGAGCAGGAGAGAGAAUGAAAGAGUUACAGGAGGAGCUUGUCUCCCUGCGCAGUAAACAGGACGAGGCCAUCGCUGAGAACCAAAAACUCAAAGCGACCAAUCAGGAGCUGGAGGCAAAACUGGAGCAGAUCCGACAGGACCUACAGGAAGCUCGGGAUCGGCUGGAGGAAGCAGCUCGCCGAGAGGAGACAGAAGGACUUCAUCGAACUCACUCCAUCCGACGCCGUGCGACCCAAAAACCGACCCCCCUGGGAGGGGACCCUGCACUCGCUCACCUGACGGUCGAAGGCCAGGAUGUGAUCGUGGUGACGGGCGAUGAUGUAGAUGGAGUCACUGAGGAGCCAGCAGCAACUUCAGGAAGUGACGGAGCAGAAGAGAGAAUAAAAGAGGUGGGAAGCAGCAAGGAUCCUGACCAUCUCUACAACAUCAUGUUUGUUGGGAAUGCCAACACUGGGAAAACAUCCUUCAUUCAGCGGUUUUAUGACAAUAGUUUCAAACCUGGGCUAGCUUCCACAGUAGGGAUGGACUAUCGAGUGAAGACCUUGACAGUGGACAACAGACAUAUUGCCCUUCAGCUCUGGGAUACUGCAGGACAGGAGCGAUUCCGCAGUUUAACCAAACAGUUCUUCAGGAAGGCUGAUGGAGUGAUCGUGAUGUAUGACAUUACAUCGUCCAGCUCAUUCGCAGAGGUACGCUACUGGCUGGGAUCUAUCAAGGAAACAGUGGAUGAUAAUGUUGCCAUUCUUCUUCUGGGGAACAAGACAGAUGAUGUAGCUCAUCGUAAAGUGCCCACCCCCGAGGGGCAGCGCCUUGCCCAGGAGUACAACAUCAUGUUCUAUGAGUGUAGUGCCUGUACCGGCCACAACAUUAGCACAGCCAUGCUGCAGCUGACAAAAUUGCUGAAACAGCAGGAUGAGAAAAUCAAAGGCUCAGUAGUGGAGAUGGUGAAUCAACCCAGGAAGAAGGGGAAAUGCUGCACAUAGACUGUAAUACUGCUCUGUCCCAUUGUUCUCACCCAUUACACUGUCCCGUCACUGUACACUGUCCCGUCACUGUACACUGUCCCAUCUCUGUACACUGUCCCAUCACUGUACACUGUCCCAUCUCUGUACACUGUCCCAUCACUGUACACUGUCCCAUCACUGUACACUGUCCCAUCUCUGUACACUGUCCCAUCACUGUACACUGUCCCAUCUCUGUACACUGUCCCAUCUCUGUACACUGUCCCAUCUCUGUACACUGUCCCAUCACUGUACACUUCCCAUCUCUGUACACUGUCCCAUCUCUGUACACUGUCCCAUCUCUGUACACUGUCCCAUCUCUGUACACUGUCCCAUCACUGUACACUGUCCCAUCUCUGUACACUGUCCCAUCACUGUACACUGUCCCAUCUCUGUACACUGUCCCAUCUCUGUACACUGUCCCAUCACUGUACACUUCCCAUCUCUGUACACUGUCCCAUCUCUGUACACUGUCCCAUCUCUGUACACUGUCCCAUCUCUGUACACUGUCCCAGCACUGUACACUGUCCCAUCACUGUACACUGUCACCUUGUACCCUUGUUGCACCGUUCCUGUAGCCCUGCACAUGUUGCUUGAAAAUUCCUUGUAUACCCUUCAAAAACGGCAUGGUGCCAUGGUGGCACAUUGGCUCAGUGGGUAACACUGCAGCCUUGCGCCGCCAGGGACCCGGGUUCAAUUCCAGCCUCAGGUGACUGUCUGUGCGGAGUUUGCACAUUCUCCCCGUGUCUGCAUGGGUUUCCUCCGGGUGCUCCGGUUUUCUCCCACAGUCCAAAGAUGUGCAGGCUCGGUGGAUCGGCCAUGCUAAAUUGCCCGUAGUGUUCAGGGGUG